GACAUCUCAAACCAGCCGCAAAGAGAGACGGUGGAAUCCUUCAUAUUGAAGGCGUGUAACGUUUAGUGUACGUUGUCUUAAGUUAAGACCGAAUAGAUGGCAGUAGGGGAGAUUGUAAUCGCUUAAGAUUUAUCUAGUUACUGGUAACUGGUGUAAGCGGUUGGAUAGUAACAGUUAUUACUCUUGUAAUUAUUUUUUUGCUCGAAUUAGAGAUCAAAAUGAUUCUGUAGUUGGAAAAUGCGGUAACACUAUUGCAUCGGCAUGCAUCGUACAAGGCAAAGCUGCACCGCUAAAACUGCUCAGCAGUUAGGCUCAAAUACCGUCCGCGGUAUUUCUGCGAGCCAUCCAAUACCACUACUGCUCGAUCGAAGGAAAUAUUCAGCACCUUGAAUUUACCAUCUAGUCUGUACUGUACUCCAUCAUCCCAUCUGUAAAACCUAACCACAAUGAAGUUUCAAGACAUCCUGUCGGAGAAGAGCCUGUGGAUAUUCGGGUACGGUUCCUUGGUUUGGAAACCCGAUUUUAAAUACAAAAGGAGCAAAGUCGGGUAUAUCCAAGGCUACAAGAGACGAUUUUGGCAUGGGGACAAUUUUCACCGUGGAAACGAUGAGAAGCCUGGUCGGGUGGUGACUUUGGUUGAAGAUGAUGACGCCUGCACGUGGGGAGUGGCUUACGAAGUGACUGGCUCCCAGAUCGAGGAAUCCAUGAAGUACCUGAAUGUUAGAGAGGCUGUGCUUGGUGGAUAUGUCACCAAGGUGGUGGAGUUUGUGCCUCGGGGUGAGAGCCAGCCGCGCCACCGAGCACUGGUCUACAUCGCCACUGCAGACGCAGCCAACUACCUGGGACGCGCAGGCCACAGGGACAUCGCCGCACAGAUCGCAGUGUGCAAGGGCAAGUCCGGACACAACAUCGAGUAUCUCCUCCGUCUGGCUCAGUUCAUGCGGCAGCAGUGCCCCGAGGUAGAAGACCGGCACCUCUUCUCCAUCGAGGCCUGCACCUUACACCUGGUGCCCUACCUCUUGGGUUUCAAGUAGAGAACCUGUACUGCUGUGCUUCAGAAUAGUCAUGAUGUAUGUAACCCUGAGCACUUGAAUGUGAUGUAGCUUCAGUGUCAGUGCUGUUCAGCAGUUUUGUGGAGUCUGAUGCUGAGUGUCUACUAUGGCAUCUGUGUGCACAUAUCUAAUGGAAGAAAGUGUCAAUAAAGUGUUUCCACAUGA